CAGGGCGAGUGUCGGGCUGCGGGGCGGCGAUGGCGGCGCUGCGGCUGGCGUGGCGGCGGUGGGCGCUGCGGGCCCCAAGCCUGCGCUUAUGCCUGUGCCGGGCCGGCUCGGCCGCGGGGCCGCUCUCCGUGCCCGAGCGCAUCCAGGAGAAGCGGCGCGCCGCGCUGCUGGGCGGCGGACAGAGCCGCAUCGACGCGCAGCACCAGCGGGGAAAGCUGACUGCAAGAGAGCGAGUUCUUCUGUUGUUGGACCCUGACAGUUUUGUUGAAUAUGACAUGUUUGUGGAACACAGAUGUUCAGAUUUUGGGAUGGAAGCUGAUAAAAAUAAGUAUCCAGGAGACAGUGUGGUGACCGGCCAGGGCAGGAUUAAUGGGAGACUGGCUUACGUCUUCAGUCAGGAUUUUACUGUUUUUGGUGGAAGUUUGUCAGGAGCUCAUGCACAAAAGAUCUGCAAGAUCAUGGAUCAAGCUGCCAUGGUUGGAGCUCCAGUGAUUGGGCUGAAUGACUCUGGAGGAGCCCGUAUCCAGGAGGGAGUGGAGUCUUUGGCUGGCUACGCUGAUAUCUUCCUGAGAAAUGUUCUGUGCUCGGGGGUAAUCCCGCAAAUUUCUCUCAUCAUGGGCCCUUGUGCAGGUGGAGCGGUCUACUCGCCUGCCUUGACGGAUUUUACGUUCAUGGUGAAGGACACGUCCUACCUGUUCAUUACAGGCCCUGAUGUAGUCAAGUCAGUUACAAAUGAAGAUGUCACUCAGGAGCAGCUUGGGGGUGCAAAGACACACACUGCUGUGUCAGGGGUUGCACACAGGGCCUUUGAGAAUGACAUCGAUGCUUUGCUUAAUCUCCGGGAAUUCUUUAAUUACUUGCCUCUCAGUAACCGUGAUCCAGCCCCUGUCCGUGAAUGUCAUGAUCCCAGUAACCGCUUGGUUCCCGAGUUGGAUACUAUUGUCCCAAUGGAAUCUACAAAAGCAUAUGACAUGCUGGACAUCAUACAUGCGAUUGUUGACGAGAGGGAAUUCUUUGAGAUCAUGCCCUCCUAUGCCAGAAACAUAGUGGUUGGAUUUGCCAGGAUGAAUGGAAGAACCAUUGGAAUUGUGGGCAAUCAGCCCAAAGUUGCAUCAGGGUGCUUAGACAUAAAUUCCUCUGUGAAAGGAGCCCGUUUUGUCCGGUUCUGUGAUGCCUUCAACAUUCCUCUGAUCACUUUUGUGGACGUCCCAGGAUUUCUGCCAGGUACGGCCCAGGAGUAUGGUGGAAUCAUACGUCAUGGGGCAAAACUCCUCUUUGCCUUUGCAGAAGCAACUGUGCCCAAAAUCACGAUAAUCACCAGAAAGGCUUACGGGGGUGCUUACGAUGUGAUGAGUUCAAAGCAUUUACGAGGAGAUGUUAAUUACACGUGGCCUACUGCGGAGGUUGCAGUGAUGGGUGCAAAGGGUGCCGUGCAGAUCAUUUUCAGAGGAAAAGGGGCGCAUGCAGAGGCAGAAUACAUAGAUAAGUUUGCAAACCCUUUCCCUGCAGCCAUAAGAGGGUUUGUGGACGACCUCAUUCAGCCGGACACCACUCGGCUCCGCAUCUGUCGCGACCUGGAAGUCCUGGCAAGCAAGGUGCAGACCAAUCCCUGGAAGAAGCAUGCGAACAUGCCACUCUAAACAGGGCUGGUGGAUGGAGCAGAGCACAAAUAUGAACAGCAUUUACCCACGCUAACGCUUCCCUUCUGCUGAUUGGCUGCAGCCUUGCACCACAAUAAACUCCACAGCACGUACGCAGGUGUAUUUGGAAUUACGUCACCAGUGGGUUUGAGUUGGUUUUUUCUUUAGCAGCAGCUCAGCCCACCAUCACAACAGCCUGCGCCACAUGACUUGGCUCCAAAAGGGGGCCUAAGGGUUGGGAUCUAGGCUCCCAGGCUGGAGGUGGGGAGGGACCUCCCUUGAUUCCUGUGGCUCUAGGAGCUGCUUGGUACAAUCAUGAAGGGCUGUAACCAUUGAUCCACUGCGAGCUUUCUAAGGAAAGAAUCUGGGGAGCUCUGGGAGGGAUGGAUCCAUUGUCUUCAGAUUCACGUGGCAUCUCUGCACUGAGCAAUCAAUGAAUCUGCUCAUUAAGACUCCCAGGAUGCUCCCUUGUAAAGUGCUGGGGGCACAGAGGUCUUGGAGUACUGGGGACUGUCCUCAGUCCAGAGCCAUGACUAACCUAUUCUGAGCUCUCUGAUGUUCCCUUCUGAAAAACGGGUGGAUAAUUGCAAAAGAAACAGGCAAAUCACCACCAUCAGGCAGACAGGUGUAUGGUGUUGUGGAGGUCAGUAGCCCACAACAUGGCAUAUAGGUGCUCCAUGUAUGUGCAGGCCCAUGCAGUGUCUGCCGUGCCUUUAACUGUAUGGUUCUUUCACGUUCCAUGUACCUGGUUUGUGCGCAUGUAACGAGAAACUGAAAUACGAAGAGAGCCAAUCACUGCUAACAUUUUCCCACGGCCGUUGCGGUGACAUCUGUUUGGAUUCCUGGCUGACAGGGAAGCGCACAGUUACGAAAGCCCCUCUCCAGUUAAAAGAAGUUUAUUCAGUGAGAGAUGAGGAGGAAGAGAGAUGAGAAGAGGGAGGCAGCAGCAAAUGUGGAAGUGUAGCUGUUGGCCAGUGCAUAUCUGACUUUGCCUUGGAUUAUUGGGCACAAUGGUAGAGUACAGCACCUGGCUGUUUACCAACACAAAGGCUUUUCUGGGCUCAGCUUGGCUGUCUGAUGGUUUCAAGAUCCAUCUCAGACCCAGCAGCUCCAGGAGGCUGCAUCGUCAAUCUUCAGUGCUGAGCCCUUCAGAGUUUUGGUGUUCGUGGUAGUUGUGCAGCUGGGAAGGAUCUGCAACCCCUCAGCUUGGCAGGGUGUUGACCUGAUGUUUUUGUGCAGUCUCCCAGCCCAGACCAGUCCCUCUGCACUGGCACUCGUAGGAGGGGAACCAGUUGGAUCCCUCCACGGCAGGUUGGCUUCCUCUUUCUCUAGUGCUGCCUUUUUCCUGCCAGAAGCACUGUUGUCUCAGGCUGUUUGCUUCCUGCUCCUGUGUUCGCAACACCUUUGCUUCCCUCCUUCCUCACUGCGAUGACAUCCUGUUUCCCCAUCUUGCUUAGCUCCCAGUGCAUCCUGCCCUGUCCCUCACCAUGGCCAAGCUUCCUGUUUGCCCUCUGCUGUCAGUGCCACCACCUGCCCAACAGUGCAAUAUGAACCCCUUUGACUGCUGCUGCUAACCUUUUUCCUGUCAUACACCUGCUCGGUGAGCUGCAGUCUGCCAGUAAAAGACCCUGUGACUGGUCUUGCCUGCCUGCCUCUCCAGUGGUGUCCCAGCUCCCAUCUUGUGUUCACCUCAGCUGGUGGUGACUUAGCCUUUGGCCUCCACACCAUUCUCUUCCAUGCUGCCAUCACAAUCCUCCUCUCCUCCUUCAGGAGUGUUUCUGGCAUCCUUUCCCUGGCCCAAGCCUGGGGUUUGCCCCCAUCCUCAGGCCUCCUGUCUUUGUCAGGUGCCUCUCUCCACAUAGUGCUCUCUGACUGCUCAUUGUUCCUCCUUGUUUAGGUUGGUAAGAUAAGGCCCCAACUAGCUCUGGGAUGCUCCACUGUGUCAUCCUUGGGCACUUGCUUCUCAGCCUUUUUGCUUGCUGGGUUGGCUUAUAUGGGAUUUGGUUGUCAUUAUGUGGCUGGCUGAUAACACCAUUUCUGUGUUCACACUGGCAGAUCCUUAGUUGGUGUCUCACAGUCAGCUUAAAACACAACACGGUCAGACACAAGGGUUUCUCCCUCUGAACCUCUCAUUCUUUGUCCCUGCCACUAUUACUAUGUUGGCUUCUGGUCUCCCAGUGUUUACUGUCAACUACAUUCACUCAUCCCAAGGUGGCUCUGGGAUGCGGUGAGGUCAGGAGGGUGGAGGUUGGGGCGGGGGGACUCUUGCAUUGGGAGGGCCAUGGAUAAAGUUCUGAGCUAGGAGGCAGAGGGGACGGGGGCUGGACUGGCAGGAAUGGGUAGUCACGUGAAUGAAGGUGAAUUGCAAGUGAGCAGAGGAAAAGACUAUAGUAAGGAGCAGCUCUAACACGGCUGUAAAAAAAGCAUCAAUCUUCUCUUCUGCGCCUCUGCCCCAUCCUAGAACAUGCCCUUAUUUUGUUUUAGGAGAAACCUCUUUUUCCUUCUUUAUGAUGCUUCCCCUUCACGAUGUCCUGCCCUGGUUUUUCACUUGGAAAAUAUGAUUCACCUGCAGGAUGUAGGAAGGAGCAAGUGAGGGAUGAAGGGGGUGAGGGGGAAGCUUACUACUCCUGCCCCUUGGCUUGGGGACCAGGCAUACAGGAUGGUCCCCCUGGCUUCAGUUCAGUGCAGUUCCCUUGGUAAUAUGCAGGAGAUGUGCUCCUCUCUCCUGGGACCUCAGUGACAUGUUGCUAAUGGUGUGCACCUGCGGCGAGCUGAAGGGUUUCAGGUGGCACAAGUCCUGUCCCUGUUCCAAGUCUCAAUAGAGCAAAAAAGUGACAGCCAAUUUGGGCUGGCCAAUCAGAACAGCGUGGGGUGAGGGGGCUGAGCACUUGGAUUCGGCCAGGAUUUUCAAAACAAGCUCUGCAAACGCAGCUGGCACCUAGUGCUUUAUAACGACGCCUCUUACUGUCCUCACCUGCACAGGGAAGUGAGGCACUCACUGGAGAUAACGGAGGUUUUCCCAUGCAGAAAGACACAGCAUUUAUGCAGGGCAGUUUGGCAGCUGCUCAUCUGGUGUCUGGCCCGAGGCAGGAGCUGGGGGAUAUGAGCAAGGCUGCUGGAGGGCAAAAAGAAACAUCUGACACCACAAGUAACAGACUUGAUGUACUCAGCCUGGAGGCAGCUCCUCCCCUCUCCCUGCAAAUCCCAUGUUACAAUCUGAAGUGCAGGCCUGCAGGAACCCCUUCAGCGGUGAGCCAACAGCAGUACAGCGCAAGGCGCCGGCUCACCUAGCAAGGGACCACUAGUUUGUAGGCACUGGGGCCCUGUGCUAAGCCCUCCAGAGCUGGCGUUCCUCCAAAGAGCAUUGGCUGUGUUUCAGAUGACGGCUAAUAACUGACGUGGCAUCCUGUCCAUUGCCACUGCAAAGAACUGCCCACUGAGUGAGGGUCUUGUGUGGACUCACUGCAUGCACGUCAUUAUUAUUUAAGGACUGGAGGUCUCUGAUACCAUUCCUGGAUAGGGGAGAACUAGUUCAGCUGGAUCUGUACCACCUGCUUCUCCACCCUCUUCAUAGAUACCUGGGACAUGGAGAAGCAUGGAAGACCAGACUGGCACUGAGCUGGCUUGCUGGAAAACUGCCAUGACAACUUGGUGUGACACCAUCACACUGAAAAAUCAUCAGCCCACAGCUACACUGGCUGCAUUUUCAAGGCUUGAGUGACGGAAUAAAGGCCUUUCACAAAGGAGUAUUACAGACUGACAAGGCAUCACAAAGGGAUUGCUGCUGUGGAAGGUGGCCCCCCCCUCUUGGAGACCCAACAGGGGCCGGCCAUAUGCAGCAAACCAAUCCAAACUCCUCCAUUCCCUGACGGGGCCGUGACCCUGUGGCACCUCUACAAAGCUGUGUGCCGUGAUCCUUUGGGCCGAGACCGUCUAGAGCGAGAAGUGAGAGCUCAGAGGAUUAUCACUGCUAGUCUGACAUCAGAGACUGGGGCCAGGCCCUGAUCAUGCCCACACAUGGCCAUACCCAAGCUGAGCAGUGUCACACAUAUGGAGACAAACGAAAAACGCAACUCUGACAAUUUAUGAACAGAAAGCUGCAGCUGCUCACUUGUUCCUCAGCCUCAUAAGGUGGAAACUCGAUGCCUGGGCACCACAGACACUUGGCACUUGUAUCCCAUUGAUGCCAGUCCUAGAAGCACCAUUCCAUGCAGAAAAACUUUCCUUCCCGAAUUCCAAUACUUAGCCAGCAGUGCUAUCAAGUUAACAACCAGCAGACGUGCUAGAGAACCAUUGCUGGCUGCACCACAAAGGCUGCAGUCCCCAUGACAGGAUGAGGAAGAUGGCUCACUCCCCUUAUGAACUCCUGACACCAAAGAAAAUGCCUGAUAUAAAAAGAAAAUCCUUUCAGUGAGAGCUUUACCUUAGCUUGUAAACUGGUAACACUGAAAUCUUGCAUAGCACUUUCCAUCUGGAGCUCUCCAAAGGCUUUACAAAGAAGGCAUGUUAUCAUCAACCCUGUAUUAUUAUCAAGGGAGAGGCUGAGGCCCAAAGAAGCGAAGCAACGCGCAGAAGGUCCCAGUGUGCCAAUGGCAGCCCCAGGACCUAAUCCAAUCCCAGUGUCCUACCUGUUGGUUCACGUCAUCUCUUCACCAGUUUAGUCAAUCAUCUUUAAGAGAAAGCUGAUGGUUUGGUUCUGACAUUGUAGAGGCAAAUGCAUUCAUCACUUGCAUUUGAGAGUUAUGUCAGCUUCCAAGAGGCUGAAGGUAGCACUGCAGGAGGCACCGUGCACCUUGGCAGAUUUGCCAAACUGCUUUUAGAAGCACAAACUCCAGCCUACGAGAUUAUUAAACCUUCUGGGUCUUUGCCUUUUAGAGUGCUUACUCACCCCUGCACUUACGGUUACUUGUGCAGAGAACUUCACCCAAAGCUUGUACCACGUUGACCUGUCCGACAGCAGCUGACUGACUGAUGGCAAAGACAUUAGAGAACAGAUUUCAGCAACAUAAAAGCCUUUAACAACUCUAAAGGCAACUUACCAGGUUUACUGCAAACUGGCAAAAAAAAAAAAAAAAAAAAAAAAAGAAA